UUCCUCUUCCUCUUCCUUGUCCUUGGUGGUUGCAGCAUCUUCGCUGUUCGGGAUAAACACAUGGCUAAACUAAGCAAAGAGACCAAACAGCGGCUGCAGCAGCUGUUCCAGUGCGGCCAGUUUGUCAUCCGAUGGGGUUUCAUCCCGACCGUGUUGUACCUCGGUUUCAAACGAGGAGCAGAUCCAGGAAUGCCUGAACCUACAGUCUUAAGUUUGCUUUGGGGCUAAGGAACGUCUCUGUACAGCCGGCGGGCCCCUCCCCUCAUCGAGACCAUGUGACCCACCUGUCAUUGGAAAUCCAGGAAAUGGAGGUGUUUCCCUUCCCUUUCCAUAAAUCAUACUGUACCAUGUGCAGUCAUACUGUUUAUAGCCACACAUACAGUAGAUGUAUGGAUAGAAGAUAUUUGGAUUAACAAACUGGAAUCAAGACUUCGUCCUUGAAGAUAUUCAGUGUUGACUGGACUGUCGGUAUUUUGUUGGGAAUGUGUGACAGCGAUGUCUGGUUAUACCAUUCAUUCCAUGUUUUCCUCUUUUUAUUUGUAAUUUAAGAUGUCUGACAAUAAAUCAACUAAGAAAUA